GUUUCUUGUUAUUUGCUUUUCUCCGUGUUGUACUUCUAGCCCCCGACUAGCUUUCUCUUCAAUGCUUUAAAAAUAAAUAAAUAAAAAAUUGACGGUGAAGUAAUAAUAUUAAACACGCACUCUCAACAUAAAAAAUAUCGAGAACAAAAUUUAAAACCACCGCAGUCCACUCACCUGUAGCACUUAAGUCAACUCGCCUCUCGAGAAAGUGAGGAAGAGAGAUCGAUCGUAAUGGCCGCAGAGAAAGGAAGAGUUGUGUGUGUAACAGGCGCAGGAGGGUUUGUAGGAUCGUGGUUAGUGAAGCACCUGCUCUCUAAGAACUUCACUGUUCAUGGCACCGUUAGAAACCCUCAGGAUGAGAAAAAUGCUCAUUUGAAGAGCCUCGAGAACGCAUCCGAGAAUCUGAAGCUUUUCAAAGCAGACCUUCUUGACUACAAGUCUCUCACCGCUGCCAUUGCUGGAUGCAAUGGCGUGUUCCAUACUGCAAGUCCAGUUCCAUCUAGUUCUGUUCCAAACCCUGAGGUAGAACUGAUUGAGCCUGCUGUGAAAGCUGCUAUUGCUGUCCUACCUAACAAACCCACGGAUCGACCCAUGGAUGAGACCUUUUGGUCCGACCCGGAAUUCUGCAGAUCAAAUAAUGAUUGGUAUUGUCUUUCUAAGACACAAGCAGAAAGUGAAGCUUUUGAAUUCUCAAAAAGAAACGGAAUCAAUUUGUUAUCAGUGUGCCCAACUCUUAUUAUAGGGCCAAUGCUGCAACACACCAUGAAUGCUAGUAGCUUGGUUCUUAUUAAGCUUCUUAAAGAAGGAUAUGAAGAACUAGAGAACAGGCUACGUAUGAUUGUAGAUGGCAAAAGAAUUGGUGCAAAUGCUGAAGAAAUUGUAUCCUGCUUACAAGUUUCCAAACAAAUUUACGGAUCCAAAUGGGAUAUUUUCAGUAACAUCUGAGAAAUUACAGAGGCUUGGAUGGAGUUACAGACCACUUGAAGAAACACUUGUUGAUUCUGUCGAGAGUUACAAGAAAAGUGGUCUUUUGGGUGAGGAAUAGAAUGUCGAAUUCUACAGAGUUUGAUCUUUUUAAAAAAAUUUCCCAUCUUUUCACUUUUUUAUGUGUUUUUGAAUUUUGAUAUGUAAAAAGGUGAAAAUAGUGUUGCUGAAUAAAUCUUUAAGACUUGAACAGUUUAUUAUAAUUAAUAAAAACACAACUAAUGAGGAAACGUUAUCUUUUUUGGAUGUUGGUUUUAUUGCAUGUAGAAAAAGGUGAUGUGAUUUGCUUCAUUUUAUUGUGAUAAUGUUAUUUAUUAUGCGUUUUACU